AUGAAUCAAUCAAUUAAAAAUAAAACGGCGACUUCUAAUCAAAAAGAAAGGGAAAAUUAAGGCAAAGAAUAACUGAAUAAUCAGCCUAAAUCACUAACGAAAGAGUAAACUUCAUAGUCAAGCAACCCAAUUUCGAAUUCACCUCAAAGCAACAAAGAGGCAAAGGCUUCAACUGAGGCGCAGUAGUUUAUACAGAUGUUCUCGGAUAUGAAUGAAAAAGCAAUUGAAAGCAUGAACAAAGAUGAGCCCGAGACGGCUCUUGAAUUCUUAAAGAAAGUUGAUGAAACCUUAAAAAAGUUGCAAAGUGCUUCAUCAUCUCAUUAAUCUCAUUUGCAUACUUCUUCCAGAGAUUAUAAAAAGUCAAAGAAUCUGCCAGCUAACGAUAAUAAUAAAAAUAUAAAAUCAAUAGAUGAGUAAAUUGAUCCUAAUUAUAAAGCAGCACUCUAUUAUAAUCUGGCAUGUUGUUACUAGAGACUUGGAAUGCUGGAAGAAUGUGUUGAUUUCUUGGAACUAGCUACAAAAUCUCUUAAUAAAAAAAUAAUCAUGCUUGAGGAAGAGGAGAACGCUUUGCUUUUUAAUAAUAAUGCAGAUUAGAAUUCAGUAGAUGCGGAAAUUCUGGGAACAGGCAACUAGACAGCUGUGGGGAAUCAAAAUCACGCAAAUAAAUAUCUUAACUUUGGAGCUAAUCAUCACUAAUUCUCAACUCACAGUACAAAUGAUAAUAGAAAAAGCACCCACUAGCAAACUUACGACCAGAAAUCUCCAAUUACAGCUAACGCUAUGUCAGAUUAAAAGAAAGGGAAAAAGAUUAGCAGAGAAAAAUUGCUAGCUUCAAAAUUACAUAAGCUAAGAUAUCAAUGUAAAUUUAAUCUUUAAUUGUGCGCAAUCUUGUCAUAAAUAAACUAGCACAGAGAUGCCUUGAUUUACGGCCAUAAGUCAUCAGCAUUAUGCGCUAAACUUGUCAAAGAAGCUUAGUUAUUAUGCAAGCGAUUCAUGCAUCAAAUACAGAGAUCUAUCAAGAGAGAGCAAGAAAGAUAGACAAAUCAAAUAAGCCUUAAAAAUAAAAAGGUGCAUGAAAACUCAUUGUAAUAAGACUCAAUGUAAAGCAAUAAAACUCAAAAUGGAUUGGACAAUAGCAAUUAUUCUUAAAAAGCAAAAAAUAUAAGAGCAAAUACUGCUCUAGGGACAGGAGUAGCUAUAAGUUAUUCCAAAAAAGGGAAGAAUUCAAGGAGCUCGGUGAGCAGUGUGGAUAGAAAGGAUGAAUUUCAUGCUUAGUCGAAGAGAUCACAUUCGUCACAAUCUGAAAAAAUCAAAAGUCGUCAUGAAAUUGAUAAGUCAGCAGAUUCUAUCGGAAGUCCUAACUAAAGUGUGACAAGACUCAGAAUUUAUAAGAACCCAUUUGUUAGAGAUAGUAUGAAUGAGAGUUAAUUAUCUAAAUACAGAGAUAACAGUAAUGAGUCUCUCGAAAGAAUCCACACAUUUUCCUUGAAGAAUUCUUUCGCAAAGCUUAAGACUACUUAGAAUGACUAAGAUAAAACCUCCAAAAAUAGAAAAGACUCUAAUCCUAGCAGUCUUACAAGAUAGUCUAUAGAAAAUCUUUUAAAAAAUAAAGAUACCACUACUGCUGAAGAAGGAGCAGCUCCCAACAAAACAUACUAUGUAGAGGAAUCUGUUAAAAUACUUGAAAGCAUAAUAAUGAAGGCAGAUCCUAUUCUAUCUGAGCUUGCUUCUAAAGUAAAAUAGUUUGAGAAAAUAGCAAAUCUUACAGCUGCUGAGAGAGAGCAGGAUCUUUUGGAUAAAUAUGGGCAAGAGGAGUAUCAAGAAUAAAAGAGAAAACUAAAAGUAUCUUUUCAUAAUGAAGAUGAAAUAAACGAGUUGAAGUCUAAUUCAGCAUACAAGAUGUCCGUUAGAAACGUUCUUGGGCUAAGGCAUUCAGAAGAUUGGAUAUUCAACUUAAAUAUCGGUAAUGUAAUGCACCUCAGUUUAAUGGGAGCUGAAGAGCUGAAUGCAAAAUUAGAAAAUACCCAUGAGCUUUGCAAAGAUUCAAUGCUUGAGAAAAUUGUCUUAGUUAGUGUUUCUUAUUUCUGUAUCGGGACAGAGAUGAGAUUCUUAAUGUAAAAGCAAAAUAGUAAUAUAACAAAGAGGGACAGCGAGGCAUUUCACGCUAAGGCUCUUCACAUUUCAAGUCUUUUCCUUCCACAUGAUUGUCCACUAGUAAUGCAUAUUGUAAACAGCUACACUAAGAAUUAUCUGAAAGAUAAAAAGUAAUAAAGCAAAAGAACUACUACUGAUUUCUCCCUGACUUAAGGAACUGAUCCUGCUGCAAGAUAAAAAUCAAGGCAGUCUUAUGGUUCUAAUACAACCUCUCCAGCUCAUAUAUCAAUGAAUCAAUAGCAUCAUCAUACCCAAAAUAAUUAGAGUUCGCAAAACGAGCACAUAAUGACGAAUCUAAUGAGUAGGAUUGGAAGAGGGAAACAUCAGCAGCCAAGUCAGUAGUCUGUGCAUUCAUAAAAUUUUUCAAAUCCAAGAACUUCAGGCAGUGGAGAUUCCUAAGAUGAUUCUACUUCUCAGCCACACAGUAUCGAUGCUAAAGCUAAUCGAGUUCAUUAAAGCCAGAUUAAUCAGUAAAUUGUAAGGCCUCUUGGUUAUCCGAUUGUUUAGCAAGAAACCAUAAAGCAAUAAUAAAAUAGAGUCUCAAGUAGUCAAUAGCAAUAACUAUAGAAGAUACAUAUAGAUAUCAGCAGGGCUCAAUAGCAAGCAAUUAUUGAUUUAAGGGGGAGCAACUAAACUCAACAGCAGUCACCUCAUGAAAAUAUCAGUCUCAUGUACAGAUAACAUCAUAUACAGCCACUAAGCACUAAAAAUUAGGUACAGGAUAGAUCUUAAUAGUAAUUUCUAUCUUAGUAAGCUUUUAUACUUAGUGAUAAUUCUCAAGCAACUGUACCACUCUCAACCACUAGCAAAUAAAAGAAGGAAGUGAUGAUACAAAGAUUUCUACACAAUAGACCAUCUUAUGAGUAGCAGAAUCUAAAUACUGUAAAUAACGAUGGCCUUUAUCAAAACUUUGUUGAUAUCGAAAUACAAUAAGAUAAUCUGCCAACGACUAUAAACUAAUAAUCAAAUUAAUUACUAAGUCAAAUUUAAAGGUAAAAGCAAGUAAAAUCCUAGCUAAAUCAUCUCAAUACCUCUUCUGGAGCAUCACAGAACUAGAAUAACAACUAGGCAUUGAGUCAUCAUCAUCAGUUUUAAUAAUUAUCACUUAAUAGCACAUCAAAUUAAAGGACUUAAAAUAAAACUCCUUCUGCAAUCCACGAGAGACAUAAUGCUAUAAAUAGCGAACAAUUUCUCUAUUAGCAGAAUCAGUUCAUAGAUCUAAGUAGUAAUAACAAUGGAUUGAAUCUGCAGCCGAUAAGCAGUAUGUAAAGUAAUAAUCAACAUGGCCAAUAAACAUCAAAUCUUAAUAUACCUAUAAAAAAGAAAACCACCAGUGGAGGUGCAGGACAAGGCAGCUAAUUAUCCUCCACAACAGCAAUAACUUCUAUAUAAAAUAGUAAAAUCUUGUCAUCAGUGGGUGCGAGAAGUAAUUUGAAUAAUAGUAAAUAAGGAGGUGCUAAUGUUCAAAAUAUAAGUGGCAUGAUGAAAACUCUUGCUUCUGGUGGAUAGAUGAGCACAGGUCAAAACAGUCAUGGUAGUAACCUGCAGAAAUUCCUGGUAACUACAAACCAAAACAGAAGAUGA